UACUCCUUCAAUAUGUAUAUAAGUACACAGAUCUUGGUCCAAUAAAAGCUUGUCUAACAAAAUUAUAUGUAUAUUGUGCUAAGCCUGCGAUGAAACAUUUAUCAGUGAAUAAUUUUAUUUUGAUACGAAGCAAUCAAAUCAAAAUAAUUUAUUCAGUUUAGGCUGUUACAAAGCACUUGUGCAACAUGCAAUCAUUUGUUCAGUCUGGGCUGUUACAAAACACACAAUAAUUCACUUUCACGACAUAAUUUUUAUAAUGAUAUGAUAUAAUGGUUAAGAAAACUCAUAAGGCAAUAUUCACUGAAUAUCCGCUAAUCACCUACUAAAAGAACAGUUGCUUAAACUUUCGCUGGUCUGUUAAAACUUUCUACAAUUUAGCUUAACAGUGGAAUUAUGAUAAAUCGUCAUUUCUAACAAUAGUUCAAAACCGUUUCUACAUAAACAAUGCACUCGAAAUAUGCGCAAAAGCAAACCUAUUGAAAACAGAGGUGACACAUUGGUCCAGUGACAUGAACCCAUUUCUCUAAGUGUUAAAAAUGAUAAUUGGUCGAGAUGCGAGGUGUGAAGACGGUCGUCUCCGUUAUUCCUUAACUGGCAGCCUUGCUGUAUCGUAGUAACCUUGACUGUGAAUAUUGUGAAAAUGUUGCAUUUAAGCUACGUUUCGUUAUUAGUGGUGAUACUACAUAAACAAACUAUUGCCACACAUUUAAAUCUAAACCAUUUCGUCUGUGGCCCUUAUGGUUUUGUUUGCGAAGGACUCGACAGACUGAGGUUAUGCGAAGAUGACAAAUUAAUAGGACCUUCUUUUAAGUGUCCUAGAAAUUCUGUAUGCAACUCAGAUUCUUUAGAUGUGUGUGACAAUGCUAUUAAUUACAUAGACCCAGAGGUGAGGAAAAGUUUGCAUUGCCACAGGAAUGAACGCAUCGCCGAUCCCACCGUACCCAAUUGUAAAGGCUACAUCCUAUGCAUUCCAAACAAAGAUCGCUUUCAAGGUAUCAAAUUCAAAUGCGCUGGCAAUACAGUUUUUAAUGGCUUCACUCGCACAUGUUCUAGCCCAGAAAGAUAUAAGUGUCCUAUUAACAAUACGACUAAAGCAACUUUAGAACUUUUUGGAAAUCAAAAUCGGAGAGGGGAUACCAGUGAUGUUUCUAAGUUCGAUCCAAUACGGGAUCGCGAGAGUAAGCCGAUCGAGUGUAAACAUUACAAGUUUACUGUUACUAAUGAAGAUGGCCCAGUGCGUGCUACAUAUUUCUGCCCGUCGAGGCCAGUACAAGGAGAGAAUACAGUUCGAUGCACAGUUUUCUCUAGCAAGUAUUGCCUCACUUUGGAAAGAGACGAUGAGCAACAGUACAUGCAAAAUUUUGGAUUACCAUUUCGAAAACCUCGUCAUUACCGUACCGAUAAGAAAAUUGAUCCGUAAACAUAAAUUCACAUUAUUUUGUAAUUG